UCUCCUCCUCCACCGGAUCGACGCUGCAGGCAGGUAGCUGCAGCUCCGUCCUCGCCCUCAGCGUCUAGCCUCCAGCUAUAUACGCCCACCCUAUCUAUCGCCACCAGCGUCCCGUCCUCGGUCCUCCAUCAGUAGUAACCACUCCUCGUCGUCUCUCUCGCGGUCUCGCCUCCUGCAGCUAGCUCUCGCCAGAAAGGGAAACCGCAUCUGCUUCAGCCUCCCGUCCCGUCUCGGCGCCGCCGCCUGAUCGACCAGAGCCCAGCGCGGGGCGUCGAGGCCGUCCGGGGCGGGUCCGGCGCUCAGAUCUGAGGCGAGUAGCAAGCGAAGAACAUGCAGAUGCAGGUCGGAGGAGGCGCGGCCGACAGCCCGGGCGCUGCGGCGGCGGCGGGCGCGGAGGCGCCGCGCCCGAGCCGCUACGAGUCGCAGAAGCGGCGGGACUGGCACACGUUCGGGCAGUACCUGCGCAACCACCGGCCGCCGCUGGAGCUGGCGCGGUGCAGCGGCGCGCACGUGCUCGAGUUCCUGCGCUACCUCGACCAGUUCGGCAAGACCAAGGUCCACGCGCCGGGGUGCCCCUUCUUCGGCCACCCGUCGCCGCCCGCGCCGUGCCCGUGCCCACUGCGGCAGGCCUGGGGCAGCCUUGACGCGCUCAUCGGCCGCCUGCGCGCCGCCUUCGAGGAGCACGGGGGCCGGCCCGAGGCCAACCCCUUCGGCGCCCGCGCCGUGCGCCUCUACCUCCGCGAGGUCCGCGACAGCCAGGCCAAGGCGCGCGGCAUCGCCUACGAGAAGAAGCGCCGGAAGCGGCCGUCCGCCUCGUCCCAGUCGUCGCCGCAGGCCGCGACGACCCCGCCGUUGCAGGCCCCUCCCGUCUCCACGCCGGCCCUCUCGGACGCGGCGGCCGAGAGGGCCGACGUGCGGGCGCACGUCCCCGACGCCGGGCACGGGCACCAGCACCACUUCUUCAUGCCACACCCGCAGUUCCUGCACGGGUUCCGACUGCUGCCAGGCAACCCCGAAGCGGUGGCUGGCAAUGGUAAUGGCGAUGGCAGCAGCAGCAGCGCUAGCGUCGCUGCCGGCAGCGGGGACGAGAUAGCGCUGGCGAUGGCGGCGGCGGCGGAAGCGCACGCGGCGGGGUGCAUGCUGCCGCUGUCGGUGUUCAACUAGGCAGGCGUAUAGCCGAGCGAGGUAGGGCUUAAACAAUAGAUUAAUCCGGGUGCUUAUCUAGUGUUAAGAUCGAUCUCAUUGUCGCGAUGGAGAUGAACCGAUCAACACACACGUACGUGCUGCUGUUCUUCAGGAUUUCCUAUUCCUAUUCUCAUAUCUCCCCCCUUUUGGUUACAUGAUGCUCAUGCAUUUCCUGCUGCGCUGCUGGGAAAUGGUACUAGUAGCUGUGCUUGGUACUGUAGGGUUUGCAGAAUCCUGCUUGUUUUGUGUAUGCAGUGCAAUGAUGAUGGAGAUAUAAUAUAAUGGAAUGCUUAAUUUCCAGGUU